AUUAAAGUUUGGAGCGUAGCCGGCGUGUCAUCGGUUGUUUUUGUAUCGAUUGGGUUGCUGACAAUAGAGCGAGUGCCCUAGUUUUUAAAUGCGGUCUGUUAUAGACGUUGUCGUAUAGCACAAAGUCUUUUUAUAACGUGAUACCACGUCUGUUCAAUGGGUGCCGUGGAAAGCACCGAGGGAGAAAGGGAACCUUUGCUGGUUCCUUCCCAGCCGGCGAUAAACACACAGCCUGUGUUCAGCAGGGUGUACGGGAGAAGAUGGGUUGUUCUCACCAUGUUUUCAUUGUUGGGGUUUAUGCAAGGACUUGUGUGGAACACCUGGGGCCCGAUCCAGAUCUCAGCCAAACAUGUGUUCGAGUUCUCCUCGACAGAUAUCGCGGUGCUGGUGAUGUGGGGUCCAGUGGGUUACCUGCCCUGGCUGUUGUUCAUGUGGUUAAUGGAUAAGAAAGGUUUGCGAGCGUCUCUGCUGCUGUCAGCAUUCUUCAUGUUGCUGGGCGCAGUGUUACGAAGUGUUCCCCUCAAAGACCUGCACUACAGACGCUGGAUGAUUCAUGGAGGUCAACUUCUGAAUGGUUUAGCUGGUCCUACCAUUAUGAGUGCUGGUCCUUUGCUCUCUACUACUUGGUUUGCUCCUGAUCAGAGAGCUACAGCAACGGCUAUUGCAUCGCUUAUCGGCUACCUUGGCUCAGCCUGCGCCUUUCUGAUUGGUCCAUUGGCUGUCCCUGCUCCCAAUGGCACUGCGGGAAGCACCAUUUACUGGAACCAAAACCACAUUGGAGACAGGAUACAGUUUGUUCUUUAUGCAGAGGUUGGGAUGAUUGCAGCACUUUUCGUGGCUGUGCUGUUGUACUUCCCCUCUAGACCACCCAUCCCUCCCAGCGUGGCUGCGGCUAGCCAACGUCUCAGCUACAGGAGCAGCAUCUGCAAGCUGCUGAGCAAUAUGCGUUUCCUGAUGAUAGCACUCGCCUACUCCGUGCCCACAGGGGUUGUUGCCGGCUGGGCUGGUGUGUUGGACAUGAUUUUAACACCUGCUAAAGUCAGCCAGGUGGACGCUGGCUGGAUCGGGUUCUGGUCCAUAGUUGGAGGCUGUGUGUUUGGUGUGGCCAUGGCGAGGUUUGCUGACUACAUUCGAGGAAUGCUGAAGCUGAUUUUGGUGCUGAUGUUUGCCGGAGCAUCCUUAGCGGCCACCUGGUUCACUCUCACCUGCCUGACCAGGCUUACUCACCUACCCUCCACUAAAGCCACUCUCUACACUUCUUGCAUCCUGGUGGGUAUCUUCAUCAACAGUAGUGUGCCCAUCUUCUUGGAGCUGUUCAUUGAGACGGUUUACCCUGUUCCUGAGGGCAUCACCUGCGGAGUGGUCACCUUCCUCAGCAACCUCUUCACUGGACUUUUGCUGUUUUGCCUCACCUUUUACUUUACAGAGCUGUCCUGGUUGAACUGGUGUCUGACAGGCUCCUGCAUCUUCAGUCUCCUGCUCCUCCUCUUCUUCAGGGAAUCAUACGACCGCCUCUAUUUGGAUGUCUUUGUCUCUGUCUGAGCACACAGCGUGAGCUUUUUUUUAGCAGAAGAAGCCUUUUCAUGGACGUUGUAUUCCAGCAGAGUGUGGAGAAAGAGCACACAGCAUGCUGCUCACUUUUAUGGAUCAGUAUUUUUUUGGUUUGUUUGUUUUUUGAAAAAUGUGGUAAUUGUGAAAUUUAUGACCAUCAGUGAUGGCAGUGCAUUGUGUUAGCAUCAUACCUAACAGCGGGAACUGAGACCUGACUAAGGAGGAAAGAAGUGUAGAUAUUGACCUUUCUACUUGACAUUUUGCCUCCUGGAUGCAUCCCUUUUUUUUUCUUUUUUUUCUUUUUUACAAUUUAUUAGACUUUUAAAAA